AUGCCGUACAAGGAAGAGUCGAGACUGCUCAGGCAAAGACCGGCUUCUUUCGUCUCGCCGCGCACGCUAGCUUACAUCGACACGGGUGCAGCUUUUGAAGCUAACGGAUGGGUGCCAGUUCGCUACCACCCCAAGCCGACAGCUUUGUUCGAGCUCCUGCAGUCUGCCAGUUGCCUGCUUCCACUUCCGGCACUUGCCGUGGGCUGGAAGGCGGUGGGCUCUCCAGUCGGCUCGAACCUUGGGAAGGCGCACCGCUCGCGUCUUCGCAUCAAUCGUCCUGCGCAGCGCAACAGCCACACCGGGCUGGAUCCUCCGCGUCAAGGGACUUCGUACUGGAGCCACGGAGGCGUGUAUUGCGUAAAAGAGCGGGGCCAGGAGCAGCCUCCGCUUGCCGAGCUCGGGAAGCGGCGGUUUACUGGGGCCUAUGAGCGCAGGCUCAUGGACCUUCAACCGGUGCGACCGGGAGGCGAUUGGGCGCGCGGGCCAUCAACCCUCGACAAGCUUCGAUACGUUACCGAGGUGCUGCGGGCAAUGGGGGACCAGAGACAGACAAUGGCGUGCAAGCCCAUCCCCGCAUGGUGA